UUCAAGUGUUCACAUUUCGCAAGUAUACCGCCAAAAAAGGCCACUAGCCCAAAACCAGUUACUUGACUACUCCAUUAUCGGCGCCCCCAAACUCCAAUCUCAAAUCAUCCAUGGAGCCAUCUCCCGAUAACCAACUCUCUGCAGUCCAAACCCUAGACCCGGCCACAAAUCCCCCUGCCGAAAUCCCGCAGUCCGAUCCUCAACUGACCGACGAUGCCAAUCCAGUUGGCGAAAAGCGAAAACGCGACCAAGACGAGGAGGCGGAGGGAGAGCAAUCUGCGAAUCAAACCGUAUCAUCAGACUCCACGCUUCACCCCUUAUGGAAGACCAGCCUCUGCUCGUACUUCAGGCGGAACUCGGGAUCCUGCAGCCACGGAAGCUCCUGCAGGUACGCUCACGGCGAGGAGGAGCUCCGUCUCCGUCCUGAUAAUACGUGGGACCCGACAUCCGAGCGGGCGAGAAAGGCUAGGAAGACUGAGAAUAGUGCGAACUGCGAGGCUGGGGGAGAGGAAGAGGACGAGGUUUUGAUGACGGAAAUGGUGGACGAUGAUGGUGAUGGUGGUGGUGGUGGUGAUAAUAGUGAGUGCGUCUUGGAUCCUGGGUUUAGUAAAUGUCUGGUGCAUUUACCAAGGAAAUGGGAUUCAGAUCAGUUGAGGAAGUUUCUUAAGGAGCAGGCAGUUCAGUUUAAGUCCGCAAAGAAAAAGAAGGGGAUGAUCAUUGGUUUUGUGGGGUUUGAGAGUGCAGAACAAUUGAACACUGCAAUAGAGGUGUUGGAAGGCAAGUCUAUUGGCAACAAGAAUCUAAAGGUUGCGGAUGUCCUUCCCCGAUCCUACGAUGAGAAAAUCAAAUCAGCAAUGGCUGCUGCAGUAAAGCCUUCAUUGGCCGGAGAUUCUGUCACAUCUAAUGCUGCCGAGGAUGAGACAAAUGAUGAUGUUUCUGCACUUGAUUCUAAAAUCUCCAAGGCAAAAAGAUGCCGUGAUGUUGUGACUCCCCUCGCAGACAUGUCAUAUAGUGAACAGUUGGAACACAAAAAGAACUCCCUACAGCAAAUGCUGAAAAAGCUUACUAAAAAUGCACGCAAAGCUUGUCCAAAAGGGGUUUCACUUCCAGAAUGGAUUCUGAAGGCUAGAGAAAUAGGUGGUCUUCCUUGCAAACUAGAGGGUAUAAUUGAAUCACCCCUUGUAAAUGGAUAUCGUAACAAGUGUGAGUUCUCCAUUGGAUAUUCUGUACAAGGUAGACCAACUGUUGGGUUCUUGCUUGGGAACUUUAGGGAGGGUGUGACAGCAGUUGAAGAACCUUUGGACUGCCCAAAUGUGUCUAGAAUUGCUUGCAAAUAUGCAUCAAUAUUUCAAGAAUUUAUACAACAAUCAAGCUUUCCAGUUUGGAACAGAUUUAAAAAUACUGGUUUCUGGCGACAGUUGACAGUUCGAGAAGGGAGAAAACCAGUGGAUGUCACUGGUGUUGAAGAUUUUGAGGCAAAUAUUUCAGAGGUCAUGCUUAUUGUUCAGAUUUGUUCUCUGGGCUUUGAUGAUGCACAAAUAACAACUGAAUUUGCGAGGCUGGCUAAAGCAUUUGCUGAAGGGGCUAGAGGGACGUCCAAUCAAAUAUCAAUUGCAAUUAUGUUGCUUCUUAUGCAGGAUCACCAGGGAAUAUCGAAUUGUGCACCAGCCGAUGCUCCACUGCGCUCAUUACCCAUUCCAAUUUCUGAAAUUCAUUCUGAGCAGGAGGCAGGCAGCAACAUUGUAGCCAGAAUUCAUGAUUAUAUUAACAAUCUUCGAUUUAGUAUAUCACCAACAGCUUUUUUUCAGGUUAACACUCUUGCUGCAGAGAAACUCUAUUCACUUGCUGGGGAUUGGGCUAGUUUGGGUCCCGAUACCUUGCUGUUUGAUAUAUGUUGUGGAACUGGAACGAUUGGGCUCACUUUAGCUCAUCGUGUUGGUAUGGUGGUUGGCAUUGAAAUGAAUGCUUCUGCAGUAUCAGAUGCUCAUCGGAAUGCUGAGAUCAAUGGCAUAAAAAACUGUAGAUUUGUCUGUGCAAAGGCGGAGGAUGUAAUGGGUUCUCUACUAAAAGAAUAUACAGACAUGUCUAAGAAACAAGAUGAGAUUUCACAUGUUCCCAGUAGCGUUGACAGAGAUGUUUUUACUCCUGAUGAGACGAGUAUCUCCACCAAUAAUUUUUCAGGCUCAAGCCAUGAGCCUGAAAAUGGUAAAAAUGCAUCUGGGGAUUCAGAAAAUGGUUGUGAAGAGUGCCAGAGUUGUAAGGUAGAUGCUGGAAAAUCUUCAGUUCCACGGUUUAAAAAUAUUGUUGCUAUUGUUGAUCCUCCAAGGGUCGGACUUCAUCCCACUGUGAUCAAAGCUCUAAGAACUCAUUCACAUCUAAGGAGGCUUGUUUAUAUUUCAUGCAAUCCUGAAUCCUUGGUGGCAAAUGCCAUUGAGCUUUGUACACCAUCUCCUGACAAGGUUGAGAAAGGGAAUAAAAACAAUAGAGGGUGGAGGAACAUGAGCAGUGCUGGUCUAGCACGACACAGAGCGAAGUCUAUGCCAAUUUCAGAGCCUUUUAUACCAGUUAAGGCAAUGGCUGUUGAUCUUUUCCCACACACUCAGCAUUGUGAAAUGGUGAUGCUUCUGGAGAGGUAGGUAGGCCAACUUUUUCUGGAGAUUUUUUUACGGACUACAUGUUUCAAAAGGUAGUAAGGAUUCAAGUGAAGAUGGGAUGGGUUGCGACAAGAUUGUUGCUUCAUCAUAUAUAAUUAAUCGAGUUGGGCUGUCAGCUGAGGUUGUACGUAGACAUAAGAGUAAGUCUUAUGGUAGCAAGUUCAUCUGGUCUUUUGCUUGUUUAAAACAGAAUUAAAAUUUUGCAUUGAUUUAAAUUAAAUUCCACAAUACUUUUUUUAGAUAAAAGUUCCUUAGAACUUUUUUAAGUCAUUGAGAAGAAA